AUGCCAGUGGAUAUAAGGGAAGAAGAUCGAAGGGAGCACUUGAAGAGGAGUGGACUGGGUAAAGUCAUCAUGUUCCUGUCAAAAUCGGACGAGGAAAUCACUGUCAAUAGACAACUUGCAAAGGAUUUGGUUGAAACCUGGAGUCGAACCGUAUUCAACAAGACUUCAAAGUAUUCGGAAGUAGAAAAGGUUGUGAUUCCUUUGAACAAGGCGUCGGCAUCACCAUUGAAGAAGAAAUCAUCAAUAGAAGUAAGGGAGGCUGAUUUAGAUUUGGAAAUAGCGCCCCGCGAGAAAUCAAGUUCCUCGGGGAGAGGCGGCGGUGUUGCAGUGCCGCAAGCGGCAGCGCUUGUAUAUGAGGUGAAUCCAGGAACAAGUUCCAAGGCGGGGGUUGAAAGAGGUGGUGUGAGAAACCUAAAACAGAGAGGCCGCUACUGCAAGCGUUAUAUGGAGAUAGAGAAGAAGAUGAGAAAGUUGAAUAACUCUAAUAAGAAGACUGCUCGUUUGCUUUUGUAA